AAGUUCUAAGUCAUAAGCGUGAGCACUGUCAUGCCUGUAUAGAGUAAGAUUGUAAUGGAAAAUUGCGAUGUCGUGACUGGAUAACGGGGUGUAAUGCAGGAUUAUUCAGAGUAGAUUUUGAUGUGCGGGUGCAAAAUUGGAAUGACCGCCUAUGUGGUGCUGGAUUCGGUGGCCAUUGUGAACACGGUGACUAUUAGUUUUCCUAUUCCAUAAAACUAUCUUAAUCUGCUGAAAGGCUGUUCUUCAUGCACGAGUCGUGUAAAAACUGUAAUGAGUGGAGGAGUUGGCGCUUUCGGAUGUAUGCAGUAAAACUCGUGACACCCCAGACGUUCUAUUGAGAGAUGGUUCCAUCCCUGUUACACGAACAUGAUAAAGACAUUUUCCCGUCGGUAUAAAUACCAUAAUCACAGGAGGCGUGUUACUUCUGUCCGCUCGUAAUCGGUAUAGGAUGAAACCAGAGAUCAGGUGGUCAAAAGCCAAAGCCGGGGGUCCGCGCUGGGCGAAGAGCGACAUCUUAGGGGUUAUGUCCCGUCCCGCGAGCUGCCCGUGUUUGAGGCAGGGCGGGCAGCGCUGGGUGCUGCAGUGCCGGGAGGAGGCUGCGGGCGCCGCUGUUGACCGAGAGGAGCGAGAGGAAGCUCGGAGCGCUGCAGCCCCGCCCGCUGCGGACCCGCUCGAUCACUCGCUCGCUCGGUGUGCGGCUCGGCCGCCGGGAGGUCUGCGAGCGUGUCCGCAGUGCAGAGCCGUUCUGUAGCAAGACAGAGGAGUCGGUGGGUGAAAUACCGCGGAGAAGCUGGGAGCAGAGUCGGCGCCGCAGGUGUCUGGGUUAGCGGCGAGAAGCUGCAGACAGAGCAGCGGUGCCGCGGAGAUGUGCGCGGUCCGGAGGCGCUGGGGUCGGCGGCAGCGAGCUCUGCUCUGGGUGAUGCUGCUGGCGGCGUGGGAGGCGGCGUGGGGGCAGCUGCGCUACUCGGUGCCCGAGGAGAUGCCCAAGGGCUCGUUCGUGGGCGAUGUGGCCAAGGACCUGGGGCUGCAGGUUCAGGAGCUCAGCGAUCGCGGCGUCCGCGUGGUCUCUGAAGAUAGGACGCAGUAUUUCGCUCUGCAGGGGAAGACGGGCCAUUUAGUGACGGCGGAGAGGAUCGACCGAGAGCAGCUUUGCCGGCUGGUGGAGAAAUGCGUGCUACUCUGUGAGCUGAUAGUGGAGGGCGAAAUGCAGGUUCACCGAAUCGAAGUGGAGAUAAUGGACAUUAACGACAACGCUCCCAGCUUCAAGGAAAAAGAGCUGAGAAUGAGCGAGACGACAGCCCCGGGGUCGCGGUUCCCCCUGCCAGACGCUCAUGACCUUGACUCUGGCCGGAAUUCCCUGCAGAGCUACGAGCUGAGCGGUGACGAGCACUUCUCGCUGGCCGUGCAGGCGGGCCCCGGCGGCGAUCAGCGUCCCGAGCUGGUGCUGGCGAAGGCGCUGGACCGGGAGGAGGCGGCGUUUCACGAGCUGGUGCUGAGGGCGAUGGACGGCGGCGAUCCGGCACGGACGGGCACGGCUCGGAUCCGAGUGAAGGUGCUGGACGCGAACGACAACGCGCCGGUGUUCAGCCAGGCGGAGUACACGGUGCGUGUGCCCGAGGACGUGCCCGUGGGCUCCACUCUCGUCACCGUCACGGCCACCGACACAGACGAGGGACUGUCACAGCCACGGACGCCGACGAUGGAGACAUCGGAUAUUUUCCAUCUGGACUCUGAAUGUGGAGCGAUCACUCUGUUGCGAAGCCUGGACUAUGAGGAAGGUGACUCUUAUGAACUGCAGGUGCAGGCACGGGACGGCGGAGGCCUUUCUGACACUGCCAAAGUCACAAUAUCCGUCACAGACAUAAACGAUAACGCACCAGUGAUUUCUGUGCGGUCAACGCUAAGUGAGAUCUCUGAGGACGCCCCAAUGGGUACAGUGGUCGCCCUGCUCCACGUGCAGGACCGUGACUCUGGACCGAACGGUGCCGUGGGCUGCUCGCUCGACGGAGAUAUCCCAUUCCGCCUGGAGAAGUCUUUUGAUGAUUACUACCGAGUCGUUACAGCGAGAGAGCUGGACCGAGAGCAG